GCUGUGAAACGGGCCAAGUUGCCAGCGAGACAAGUGCCAGCCAUAGUUGUGUCAUUGAGUCUGUGGAAUAAAUAUUCCCAUCCGUCCAUCCCACCCCAAUAACCUUCUGCACAUACACCAUCAGACAUUUGUUUUUCGUUCCCUGCAUCUCCAUUCAGCAACGAACUUUGCUUCUACGGCAUAAACAAGAAACCCAACAAUCUCUUUACAUCCACAAGUUAAAUAGUCCUUUUCGCUAUUUAUCAGUCCUUCGCUGCUCCUUCACGGCUCCGCCAAAAACAUACACAGGAUCUCCCACACAGCAACCAUGUCUGCCAGAAUUCUCGGUGACAAGGAUGUCAACGCCGCCAUUGAGCAGCAGUCUACUCUCGUCAAAGAUGUGAAGAGCAUGGACUACCACCGCCAGGUCUUCCAAUCCAAGAUGGCCCAGGAACCUGCAAAGCAGUACAUCUCUCCCUCGGACAACAUCAUGAGCCCAUGUUCUGCCAAGAUCAACGCCCUGCGCAACAAGCAGGUCACCAAGGCCAAGCCCAAGUCUCUUUUCGCCCAGGCCAGCGCUAAGAGACUAGCCGGCGAUAACAUCUUUGGCGCAAAGUCCAUCCCCAAGCCAUAAACAACCUUGCCGACGCUUUCUGUCUAUUCUUGUACAUAAGCCGUUGUCGGCUGUUUUCUUUGGCUUGGGGUUUCCUUUUGGGAUUUGACUUUUUUUGAUUGACGCACUGAAACUUGGAUAGCUGGUACCGUGAACCAGAGCUGCACUUGGCGGCUUGGGCACAUGCUUCACAGGGGGCUCGCAAAUAACUACUACAAUAUUGGCGUUGAGGAUGACAUACACUAUACUCCAGAUGGUUUAAUAACGCAGAGAACUUCUUAUGACAUGAGACGAGAAGGACUUGAUGCCUUUGUUUUUUUUGUUCAAUAAAUAUUAAAUCGAUGCAUAUCUUCUGUGUUCUCCUUCGUAUCUGUCUAUGCUCGCCAUGCGCUCAUGAUAUACACAACAUCCUCAUCAGCAACAGGAUGUCCUAGACCAACUCUUUGCGGAACGUGUCGUGCGCUGGCUCCCCAUACAAGUGCAUACUUGAAGGUGUCCUUUAAUGUUCUGUGAAUGCGAUCACACACAUCCUCAAUGGUGCUAUUGCUUCGCACAAUGAGCGCCUCACUGAAGUCAGGCUCGAUACCCUUUCUCUUCGUGUAGAUUCGAAUCAGGCGUAAUUCGUCCCAGCAGCGGUCAAUAACGUCUUGCACACCAAGAUCCAGCUCACAGCUCAUCACCACAGUUUGGGGUUCACGAGCCAGAUUGUCGAGGAAGUCGAGGGAAACGCUGUCAAUCUUGUUGUAUACGUAGAGGCAUUUGAUGUAUUUGCGAUGGUCCUUCAUGAUGACGUCGAUGAAGUCAUCUACUGUAGCGUUUUCGUCGCGAACGAGGACCUCGCAGUUGAGAAUCUUGUAGUCGCGAAGAAUGUUGUACAACAUCUUUUCGUCGAGGUAUUUAGGCGGUGUCUGGAACGUAAUCUUCAUGCCACCGGCGGUCUUGGCUUUAAGAUAAAUGUUGCUAUGACUAAUUAGUAUAUCGAGAGUGAUGUAUUGACUCGGGUCAACUCACGGAGGAUCGCGGUUCAGACGGAUGCCGACAGCCUCUAAUUCGGCCUCGAGCAGGGCGCGCUGCUCAGCCUUCUUGGUAGCAUCCAAGAUCAUGAGAAUCAAAUCACUUGUCUUAGCUGCCGAAAUAACCUGUCGACCACGACCUUUGCCUUCGGAGGCACCUUCAAUAAUACCAGGCAAAUCGAGGAGUUGAAUCUCAGCACCGCCGUAUUCGAGGACACCGGGAAUGGCCGUCAAUGUCGUGAAAGCAUACGAAGCAGCUUCGGAUUUUGUUUUUGUGACCUUGGAUAAGAAUGUCGAUUUACCGACUGAUGGAAAGCCAACCAGUGCUAUACGCGCAUCACCACUCUUGCUAACAUCGAAGCCUGCACCUGGACCGCCGCCACUACCAGGGCCCGGUUCAAGAAGCUGUGCACGCAGACGAGCAAGUUUACUAUUUACAGUCAGUUUUGUCG